CCCCCAACCCCAGCGGCAAUAUAUACAAGGUUCCCAGCCCAGAAGCCGGGAGAAGUUUCUAGGCCUACGUCCCGGGGGUUAUUAAGCGCCUGGCUCCACUCUCGGCUUCGGUGGCCCUGGCUGCCAGCCCAGACGGCCCGGGAGGACAGCGGCUGGCGGAUCUCUGGUGAGGCGGCGUGGACAGGGGCUCUCUGGGAUCCUGCAGGACCAGCCCGGGGUCGCCUUCAGUGGCUGCAGUGUCUUUGGGGGCUGGGACCCCAGCCUGGUGCGCACCUCUGCCCUUGGCAGUAGGCGGUUCAGCGAGUUUCGAAGUGUGGAAGGCUAGCCCGCCCACGUCACCUUGCUGUGUGAGCGCAGGCAGGUGGGCCCCUCUCUCCGAGCCUCCGUGUGCGCUCCCUCCCGGCAGCUGCCAUGGCUGAUGGCCAGAUGCCCUUCUCCUGCCACUACCCGAGCCGCCUGCGCCGAGACCCCUUCCGGGACUCGCCCCUCUCCUCCCGCAGCCUGCUGGACGAUGGCUUUGGCAUGGACCCCUUCCCCGACGACCUGGCUGCCGGGUGGCCCGACUGGGCCCUGCCUCGACUCUCCUCAGCCUGGCCGGGCUCCCUGAGGCCGGGCACUGUGCCCCGCGUGCCGGCCACCACGUCCAGGUUCGGGGUGCCUGCUGACGGCAGGAGCCCCCCGCCCUUCCCCGGGGAGCCCUGGAAAGUGUGUGUCAACGUGCACAGCUUCAAGCCGGAGGAGCUGAUGGUGAAGACCAAGGACAGAUACGUUGAAGUGUCUGGCAAACACGAAGAGAAGCAGCAAGAAGGCGGCAUCGUGUCCAAGAACUUCACCAAGAAAAUCCAGCUUCCUAUGGAGGUAGACCCUGCAACAGUAUUUGCCUCACUGUCCCCAGAGGGCCUGCUGAUCAUUGAAGCUCCCCAGGUGCCCCCUUACUCGACGUUUGGAGAGAGCAGCUUCAACAACGAGCUUCCCCAGGACAGCCAUGAAGUCACCUGCACUUGAGACCUCCGUCUUGGCUCAUCCUUCCCCCCGCCAACCCCCAGGGCUUCUCUGAUUCCAGGGUACAUUAUACAUUGCUUAGCUGAACUCAUAGAUUUAGUGUGACUAAAAUGUUGGGGGUCAGGGUAAUUUGGCCUGUCCCUGGAUAGUGUAGUACUAGGUUUUUGCACCAGAGGGCGCAAUUGGCAAGUCAUGCUCGGUUGCGUUAGGCCAAAAUGCUGGGAAUUUUUCUUCCUUUACCUUUUCUAUCUUGGUAAAAAUGUUGUACAUUCAACAGUUGCAAAGCAUAUAAAAGGGGACAUAACAUUUCACACUGUAUCUUACCUUGCAACUAAUGCAAGGGUUGCUUUUCUCUGGGGACCUCGCAUGACCCAGAUUCCAUUUUGGGCUCCUGAUUAUCUGUGCCUGCCCCCUGGUUGGUUGAUGGCACCCAUGAGCCCACCUCACUGUGUUCCUGCGGCCCUGACCUACAAAGGGUGAUAGACAGGUCUUACACCCCCAAAUGGGAUUUAUCCAAGAGUCAGAUGAAAACAAAUAGUGCCUUCUGCCCUCCACCCAAGCAUCUAUAGCAUGUCCCCAAGAUGAUACUCCCUGAGGACUCUGGAAGCCCCUUGAUUUAUCCUCUGGCUAAAGUCUCCCCUUUCUCGUGUCUCCUAUGUCCUCAUAGGGAUUUUUACAGAGGGGGCUGUCUCCAGGCAGCUCCACCAGGAACCAAGCAUAGGCCAGACAGCCUGGCAGGCAAAAUAGUGGUUAUUGUAUAUAGGGGUGGGACAUGUGUAUCAUUGUUAUUGGAAUUGUGCUGUUCUUUAGGAAAAAAUAACAGUAAAUAAUAAUAAUAAAGGAGCUGAUGUUCUUAGCCUCGUGUGUUUCUUUCGAUUGAGGAAUUAAAUGCUAUACCACUUAGAUUUUCAAUGUCAACAGAGAAUGUUUGUGGCUGCCAAUAAUAACCCCAAUGAAUAGUGACUUAAAUGGCAUAAACAUCUAUUGCCCACCUUUAUAAGAAGUCUAGAUACGUGAUUUCACAAUUAUUUUUUCAGCUGUGAUGCCACCAAAAUCCCAGAGUAUUUCCAUCUUUUUCCUCUGCCAUCUCUGACAAUUCUACAAAGUCUCUCCUCAUGUUUGCA